AUGAAUUCUGAUUCGAGCUCUGUCUCCAGCAGAGCUUCAUCUCCGGACAUGGAUGAGAUGUAUCUGAGGGACCACCACCGCCAUCACCACCACCAGGACAGCCGUCUCAACUCGGUCUCGUCCACGCAGGGCGACAUGGUGCAGAAGAUGCCCGGGGAAAGCCUUUCGCGGGCCAGCGCCAAGGCCGCGGGCGAGAGCAGCAAGUACAAAAUCAAGAAGCAGCUGUCGGAGCAGGACCUACAGCAGUUGCGGCUGAAGAUCAACGGACGCGAGCGCAAGCGGAUGCACGACCUAAACCUCGCCAUGGACGGGCUGCGCGAGGUCAUGCCCUACGCGCACGGGCCCUCGGUGCGCAAGCUCUCCAAGAUCGCCACUCUCCUGCUGGCAAGAAACUACAUCCUCAUGCUCACCAGCUCCCUGGAGGAGAUGAAGAGGUUGGUUGGUGAGAUCUACGGGGGCCACCACUCGGCCUUCCACUGCGGGACAGUGGGCCACUCAGCCGGCCACCCAGCGCACGCCGCCAACGCCGUGCACCCGGUGCACCCCAUCCUGGGCGGCGCGCUCUCGUCCGGCAACACCUCGUCACCGCUGUCCGCCGCCUCGCUGCCGGCCAUCGGCACCAUCCGGCCUCCCCACUCGCUGCUCAAGGCGCCCUCCACGCCGCCCGCGCUGCAGCUGGGCAGCGGCUUCCAGCACUGGGCCGGGCUACCCUGCCCCUGCACCAUCUGCCAGAUGCCGCCGCCGCCGCACCUGUCUGCUCUCUCCACCGCCAGCAUGGCCCGGCUGUCGGCCGAGUCCAAGGACUUGCUCAAGUGA